AUGAUUAAUUUUUACAAGUGUACAAAUUACCAUAUCAUAUUUCUAACUAUUUUUGCAUCAUAUUCCUAAUGUACCUAACAAUGAAAUAGUGAGUAGUAAGCAGUACCCAGGCUGAGACAGUAUUGCCAGCUGACAGACAACAACACAACAGCAGCAGCAGCACGCGGCAGCAGCGGCACGGCAAACACGGCAGCCCAUCACCAUGCCCACUGUGUCAGUCAACAGGGAGGCACUCUUCAAGGCCAUAGGGCAGGAAUACAAUGAUGAAGAAUUUGAUGAGUUAUGCUUCAAGUUUGGACUGGAGAUUGAUGACAUAGUAGAUGACCCAGACAAAGGGAUGACUUACAAGAUAGAGAUUGGCGCCAAUCGUUAUGACCUGCUGUGCAUUGAGGGCAUUGCACGCACCCUUCGAGUCUUUCUUGGCCUGGAGACACUGCCCAAGUUCCAGGUGCUACCAGCCAAGGACCCCAGCCAGUACAAGCUGAUUGUCAAGCCAGCUGUUGCUCAGGUGCGGCCGUACAUUGUUGGCGCUGUCCUACGUAACAUCAAGUUCACCCAGGCCAUUUACGACUCCUUCAUUGACCUUCAGGACAAGCUGCACCAUAACAUUGCCAGAAAGCGAACACUGGUGGCCAUCGGUACUCAUGACCUGGACACCAUUACCGGCCCAUUCAUUUAUGAUGCUCAGCCCCCAAAGGAGAUCUCGUUCGUGCCCCUCAAUCAGACUGAAGUGUUCCGAUCUGAUGUGUUGCUGGAAAAGUACACACAGGACCUUCACCUCAGGGAGUUUGUGCCAAUCAUCAAGGACAAGCCAGUGUACCCGGUGAUCCUGGACCAGAAGGGUGUGGUGCUGUCCCUGCCUCCCAUCAUCAAUGGCAACCACUCCAAGAUCACCCUCAACACUCGCAACGUCUUCAUUGAGUGCACAGCCACCGACCGGCACAAGGCGCAGAUUGUGCUGGACACCCUCAUCUGUAUGUUCUCAGGCUACUGUGACAAACCCUUCACUGCAGAGGCUGUGUUGGUUGAAUACCCAGAUGGUGAGAAGAUCCAGUACCCAACACUACAGUACCGGCAGCAGGAGACGUCUGUGGCGUACUGCAAUGUGCUAACAGGAGUGGAGGAGAAUGCAGAGGACAUGGCAAAGCUCCUCCAGUCCAUGAGUCUGUCUGCCAAGCCCACUGGACCAGACACCCUCAUGGUUGAGAUUCCUCCCACAAGGUAUGAUGUCUUACAUGCAUGUGACGUAGCAGAGGACUUUGCUAUAGCUUAUGGGUAUGACCGCCUAAGGGAAGACAUGCAGCUGCCUUCCACCAGCACUAUUGGUCAGGAGUUUGAGCUCAAUUACCUCAGUGACAAGAUGAGACUGCUGCUCUCCCAGAAUAACUACAUUGAGGUUGCCACAUUCUCUCUCUGCUCCAAGUCGGAUAUGGGAGAGAAGAUGAAAAUCAAUCUGGACAAGGAGCCAUUGGUGAAGAUUGGUAACCCCAAGACAAUGGAUUUUGAGGCGCUGCGCAUCAGCCUCCUGCCAGGGAUCCUCAAGACUGUGGCUGCCAACAAGCACGUUUCGCUGCCCCUCCGCAUGUUUGAGGUUGCUGAUGUGGUGGUGAAGGACAGCUGCCCUGUGGCCACGCGGGGUACGGGGGCUCGCAACAAGCGCCACCUAUGUGCCAUCAACUAUAAUGUGAAGGCCGGUAUGGAGGUGGUUCAGGGUCUGCUGGACAACAUCAUGGUGGCCCUCAAGGUGCCCUUCACAGAGGACGGCUCAUCCAAGGGAUACUACUUAGAGGGGAAAGACUACCCAAGUUUCUUCCCUGGCUUCAGUGCGACGGUGGUAGUGAAUGGGUCUCCUGUGGGUUGCCUGGGGCUCAUCCAUCCUGAGGUUGUCACCAGCUUCAACCUCAACAAUCCUGCGUCUGUGUUAGAAAUUGACCUUCAGAAAGUAAUGGAAAUAACAGACUUUGGUCACUAACAUUUGUAAACAUAGAAAUAACUUAAUUUAUACAUUAUUAUAUCAUGUAUUUAUGGGGUUUCAAGAUGCUAAACUGGAGGACGCAUAUGAAUUUUUAAAAGCACUUCUGAGAAAAGUUUUUCAUUAAGCCAACACCAAGGAAGCUUACUUUUAUGCAGGUCUCUUCUCUCAGGUAAGUACAUAAUUACCUUUCAUUGUGUGCAUUCAGAAAGAGUAUGAGGCACUACUGCAGUCAGAAAAUUGUGUUACAUGCUGUGUGGUCAGCUGGGAAGAAUGCCCCUGUAUGUAGUUCAUGUGUCAAAAAGCCUCCUGAGAAAGGUGGAGUCUGGGAGCUGGGAACUAGUCCUUUAUUUCUACAUGAUUUGUCAUCAGUCUGUCACAACACUGGUUCUGUGCCUCCAUCACGCCAUGGUAACUGCAUAGUUUGAUUUUGUUAUGACUAUGUUCCUGCAUCUUUGGAAUGUUUUAAGACUUAGUAUGUGGUGUAAUUAUUCAAAUAUCCUUUUUACAUUUUCAGUUGUGCUUGUUGAAAAUCCAGUUUUUCAAAAAUAUUGUAAACUACUAAAACAGUUUAUUUGUUUCUGACAUCAGCAUCUGGUGUAAUCAGUUUUAGGUCAUCCAGCACCCCUAAACUCUGGCUAACAUCUGGUUACAUUGACUAUAAUUGUAUUCACACAGUUGAAAAGGAGGUUAAAAUUUCAAAAUUUUGUCAAAUUAAAUUACACAUUUGUCAGAAGUAUUUCUUUGAUACUUUUACACUUUUUGCAAGGAAUGCCGACUUUGUACUGCAAUAUCAGCAGCAUUUUCAAGCAUACCCGAAAAUGUUAUUGAUCUUAUCACUCACUUGAGAUGCUAUCAUCCCAGGUUAAGAAACAAGCUGACCUUCUUUACCAACUUUCUUUUGGAUAUUAUAUUUUACUUCAGAACAUCAAUCUCAGAAGCCUCAUUGGAAGGUGUUUUCAAGAUAUUCAAGAAGGAAGUGUGCAUCCUAAAAAACAGUAAAAUAUGUUUUAUCUGUGCUUGAGUUGAUGGUCAUAUUACUGUUCUAUACCUGGUUUUGUGUUUCUGGAGAGGUAUAGAUUUUUGUCAUGCUAAGAUGUGCAUUGCCUCACCUUUCAUACCUGUGUUUUAGUGGUCUUUGAAUGUGUCAUGAGUAGGAAUUCUUUCCCCUGGGACACAGCCAAUUGUAACUUUGGUCUUACCAAAGUGUAGCUUCCCCAGAUGUAUCCAGGUAUACCAGCAAACAGACCAAAAGCAGUAUUGGACAGACAAGUAAGCUUUACACCACUGCCCCACUCCAUAGUCAUGCUAACAUGUAGUUAGUACAUGAAGGCUUGCUGUCCAAUGCACCAAAGAAACAUCCAGAGUAAUAAGUGCAGAACAUUCAGAAAAGAGGUAGAUAAGUAGUAAAGUUGCAUUUCAUCUGCAAAUAUUUUAUUUGAAUGCUGGACCUCAGAUGAAGGAAGGGUUGGUAGUGUGUGCUCUCUGAGUGCCUUCUAGUUAUGUCUGUUAUUGUUUUAUUAUUGUCUUUUUUGAGUAAAGUAUGUAAAUUUUAUUGAUUUCCAUGUGGAAUGCAAGAAAAAUUUUUGUAUCAUCCAUAUGUGAACUUUUAAUAAAUGUUCACAAAAA